AUGUCGGAAAUCAAGAAGUAUGAAAUUACAGAGCCAUGGCUCAAGACAUACUACUCACUAGGAGAAGGUCCUUUCUGGGAAGAAGAGACAAACACAAUCCGCUUUCUCGACAUUGAAAAGAAGAAGCUACUCCGCGUAGACAUGUCUAAAGGCCCCUCUAGCCUGACGACCAUCAAAGACUACGACAUCUCCAUGGGCUGCACCGCCGACAUCGAAGGCAACGAAAAGGAAUUCAUCUUUGGCGGCAAGUAUGGCUUCGGUAUUGCCAACAAGCAAACCGGCGAAUACCGCUGGAUCAAGAAAGUCUGGUCCGAGCCCGAGAUAUCAGCCAACAAGCACGAAGAUUUCCGCGGCAACGACGGCGCUGUUGAUUCAGCAGGCCGCUUCUGGGCGGGCUUCAUGUUCGAUCCCAUGGUCUCUAAGUGGAGAGAGGACGGUGCUGUUUUCCGCCUCAACCCCGAUCUGAGUCUUGAUCGACCCAUGAGCGAUAUCACGAUUCCAAAUGGCACGACAUGGAACAAGAACGACGAUACCAUGUUCUUUGCUGACAGUCCAACGAAAACUAUCUUCCAGUUCAAUUUCGACCCAAAGACGGGUGAGAUUAGUAACAAGCGCCCCUUCUUUACCAUGCCGGAGGAUAACCGGUAUGGCAAGGAUGCCGUGCCCGAUGGUCACUGCAUUGAUGAGGAGGGCUACAUGUGGACUGCUCUUCAUGGUGGAUGGCAUGUACUACGUAUCUCGCCUCAAGGUGAGAUUGUUGCCGAGAUCAAGGUGCCUACUAGCCAGCCAACAUGCCCUUGCUUCGUUGGCGAAGAGCUCUUCAUCACUAGCUCCGGUGGUACGAGUGGAGAGAACGGAGGCCCUGUUGACGAGCACGCGGGCAGCUGUUUCAAGAUACAUGUCGGUGUGCGGGGAUUGAAGAGAUUCAAGUUCAAGGGCGGAGCGGCUAUUGAAGGUGGGAAGGAAGACGGAAAGGUUGUUGGAGAGUGA